AUAUAAUAUAAAUUGUAAUUUUAUAUGAUGAAAAUUAGAAUUUAGAGCAAUUCCGAACGACGUGCGAGGGAACCCCAGCUAAGCGAAGAGAAAAGAAAAGAAAAGAAACAGUCGCCUUUCAUCAACAAAACACGAAAACUUAGGGAUCCCAUUUUCCUUAAAAAUCUCAAGAAUCCGACUUCCAUAUUCGGCAGCGGCCCAUCAAUCAACUCGAUCUCUGCUCUGCUGCCUGAUUUUUCACUGUUCUUAUUCGAUUUAUACGAACAUCGGCUCAAUUUAUUGUUCUUUUUACGGAUUAAGCUGCUUGGAAGGGAUAUACUCGUUGAUUUGUGUAUUAGCUUGUUAAAUUUAAUUAAUGAAGCAUAGGUAGAAGCUGUAGUUGAUCUGUUGUUACAUUGAAGUGAUUCCAGGCGCUGCCGUUUCCCCGAUCUGAUCCAAGUUUAACUGCAAAUGGCAGCAGUCAGUGUAGGGGUUGGAUCACUCGUCUGGGUGGAGGAUCCAGACGAGGCUUGGAUAGAUGGGGAAGUUGUUGAGGUUACUGGUGAAAACAUCAAGAUUGCUUCUACUUCAGGCAAAACGGUUGUUGCCAAGUCAUCACAUGUAUAUCCUAAAGAUGCCGAAGCACCACCAUGUGGAGUGGAUGAUAUGACAAAGCUUGCUUAUUUGCACGAACCAGGGGUUCUUGCUAACUUAAGAUCUAGAUACGAUAUAAAUGAGAUAUAUACUUACACAGGGAGUAUAUUGAUAGCUGUAAAUCCUUUCACAAGAUUGCCACAUUUGUAUGAUAGCCAUAUGAUGGCACAAUACAAAGGGGCAGCAUUUGGGGAACUGAGCCCCCACCCUUUUGCAGUUGCAGAUGCAGCAUACAGGGUUAUGAUCAAUGAAGGGAUAAGUCAGUCAAUUUUGGUUAGUGGAGAGAGUGGAGCUGGUAAAACUGAAAGCACAAAACAGCUCAUGCGUUAUCUUGCUUACAUGGGAGGUAGAGCUUCAACUGAUGGAAGGAGUGUUGAACAAAAAGUCUUAGAGUCCAAUCCUGUUUUGGAAGCUUUUGGUAAUGCGAAAACUGUCAGAAACAAUAACUCAAGUCGUUUCGGUAAGUUUGUGGAGAUUCAGUUUGAUGAGAAGGGAAGAAUAUCAGGAGCUGCUAUCAGAACAUAUUUGUUGGAAAGAUCUCGUGUUUGUCAACUAUCUGAUCCUGAGAGGAAUUAUCAUUGCUUCUACAUGCUUUGUGCUGCACCACCUGAGGAUUUAAAAAGAUACAAAGUGGGAGAUCCAAAGACAUUUCAUUAUCUUAAUCAAUCAAACUGCUACCAGAUAGAUGGGCUAGAUGAAAGAAAAGAAUACAUUGCUACAAAGAAUGCAAUGGAUGUUGUUGGAAUUCACUCUGAGGAGCAGGAUGGAAUUUUUAGAGUUGUGGCUGCAAUUCUUCAUCUGGGGAACAUAGAAUUUACAAAAGGAAAGGAAAUGGAUUCGUCUACACCCAAAGAUGAAAAAUCUUGGUUCCAUCUAAAAACCGCUGCAGAGUUGUUCAUGUGUGAUGUGAAAUCUUUAGAGGAUUCUCUAUGCAAACGUGUAAUUGUAACACGUGAUGAGACCAUCACCAAAUGGCUGGAUCCAGAAGCUGCUGCAAUCAGUAGAGAUGCAUUAGCAAAAGUUGUUUACUCAAGAUUAUUUGACUGGCUUGUUGAUAGGAUUAAUAACUCAAUUGGUCAAGAUCCAGACUCAAAAUACAUAAUCGGAGUGCUGGACAUUUACGGAUUCGAGAGUUUUAAGACAAACAGCUUCGAGCAAUUUUGCAUCAAUCUGACAAAUGAAAAGCUCCAACAACAUUUCAAUCAGCAUGUCUUCAAAAUGGAGCAAGAAGAAUAUACAAAAGAAGAAAUCAACUGGAGCUACAUUGAAUUUAUUGACAACCAAGAUAUCUUGGAUCUCAUUGAGAAGAAACCUGGUGGCAUUAUAGCUCUUCUAGAUGAAGCUUGUAUGUUUCCCAGAUCAACACAUGAAACAUUUGCACAAAAGCUGUAUCAAACAUUUAAGAACCACCAACGUUUCACCAAGCCAAAGUUGGCUCGUUCUGACUUCACCAUUUGUCAUUAUGCUGGAGAUGUCACAUAUCAAACGGAGUUGUUUCUUGACAAAAACAAAGAUUAUGUCAUUGCUGAACAUCAAGCACUCUUGAGUGCCUCACGUUGCGCCUUCGUUGCAAGUUUGUUUCCAACUUCAUCUGAUGAAUCCUCCAAAUCAUCAAAGUUCUCUUCAAUUGGUACGCGUUUCAAGCAACAACUACAACAACUGCUUGAAACUUUGAGCUCAACAGAGCCUCAUUACAUACGUUGUGUAAAGCCCAACAAUCUUCUCAAGCCUGCUAUCUUUGAAAACCAUAAUGUUCUACAACAACUUCGAUGUGGGGGAGUCUUGGAGGCUAUCAGGAUCAGUUGUGCUGGAUAUCCCACCAGAAAACCGUUUGUUGAGUUUGUUGAUCGGUUUGGCAUCCUGGCUCCUGAAGUUUUGGAUGGAAACAACGAUGAAGUCCUUGCUUGCAAGAGGCUUCUUGAAAAAGUUGGACUUGAAGGGUAUCAGAUUGGUAAAACAAAGGUGUUUUUAAGAGCUGGACAGAUGGCUGAGCUGGAUGCUCGCAGGACUGAGGUGUUAGGUAGAUCAGCCAGCAUCAUUCAAAGAAAAGUCCGUUCAUAUAUUGCUAGAAAAAGUUACAUAUUGUUGCGUCGAUCUAUCUUGCAAAUUCAAUCUGUUUGCAGAGGUCAACUUACUCGCCAAGUUUAUGAAAGCAUGAGAAGAGAAGCUGCUUCUAUACGGAUUCAAAGAAAUUUGCGAAUGUAUCUUGCAAGGAAAGCUUACAAGGAGCUUCACUUUUCUGCUGUUUCUAUCCAAACCGGCUUAAGAGGAAUGUCUGCACGCAAUGAGCUUCGCUUUAGAAGGCAGACAAAAGCAGCAAUCUUUAUUCAGAGCCAUUGUCGCAAGUUUUUGGCUCGUUUGCACUUUGUGAAAGCAAAGAAGGCUGCAGUUACUAUACAAUGUUCAUGGAGAGGAAAGGUUGCUCGUAAAGAACUGAAAAAGCUUAAAAUGGCUGCAAGGGAAACUGGUGCACUGCAAGCUGCGAAAAAUAAACUAGAAAAGCAAGUUGAAGAACUGACAUGGAGACUGCAACUUGAGAAGCGAAUGAGGGCUGAUUUGGAAGAAGCCAAAACACAGGAAAAUGCAAAACUACAAUCUGCUUUACAGGAUAUGCAAUCUCAAUUCAAGGAGACUAAAGAGUUGCUCAUGAAGGAACGUGAAACUACCAAAAAGGUAGUUGAAGCUGUUCCUGUCAUUCAGGAAGUCCAAGUUGUUGACCAUGAGCUCACAAAUAAGCUUACUUCUGAGAAUGAGAAGCUCAAGGAUUUGGUUAGCUCUCUGGAAAAGAAAAUUGAUGAUACAGAGAAAAAGUAUGAAGAAACAAAUAAACUCAGUGAGGAGAGGUUGAAACAAGCUUUGGAUGCAGAGACAAAGAUUAUUCAGUUAAAAACUGCCAUGCAGAGUCUUCAAGAAAAGGUUUCUGACAUGGCAUCUGAGAAUCAAAUUCUUCGACAGAAAGCAUUUUCUACAACUUCUGCACGUAUGGCUGAAUACCCACAAACUCCUGAAGCUAAGAGCAUGGCGAAUGGUCACUUUGCAAAUGAGGAGACACAAACACCUGCUGCUAGGAAUUUGAAUAAUGAAUUUGACAGCAAGGCUAAAAGACCACCAGUUGAUCGUCAACAUGAAAACGUUGAUGCUCUUAUUGAAUGUGUUAAGAAAGACAUUGGAUUCAGUCAAGGAAAACCUGUUGCUGCAUUUACUAUAUACAAAUGUCUUAUCCAAUGGAAGUCCUUUGAAGCCGAAAGAACUAGCGUGUUUGAUCGUCUCAUUCAGAUGAUUGGUUCAGCCAUCGAGGAUCAAGAUAAUAAUGAACACAUGGCAUAUUGGUUAUCGAAUUCGUCUACUUUGUUGUUCUUACUACAAAGGAGUAUUAAAUCUGAUGGUGCAAAUUCAGUUCGUAAACCUCCACCUCCAACUUCACUGUUUGGGAGAAUGACAAUGGGAUUUCGUUCAUCCCCCUCUACAGUGAACCUUGCUGCAGCUAAUGCAGCUCUUGAGGUAGUACGCCAGGUGGAAGCCAAAUACCCCGCCCUUCUUUUUAAGCAGCAGUUAACAGCAUACGUGGAGAAAAUGUAUGGUAUUAUCCGUGACAAUUUGAAGAAGGAAUUGGGAUCAUUCCUCACGUUAUGUAUUCAGGCACCACGAGCUUCCAAGGGAGUGCUACGAUCCGGGAGAUCCUUUAGCAAAGAUUCACAAUCUAAUCAUUGGCAAGGCAUCAUUGACUGCCUCAACACUCUCCUCACUACAUUGAAAGAAAAUUUCGUUCCCCCAAUCAUUGUUCAGAAAAUAUUUACUCAGAUUUUCUCAUACAUCAACGUACAGCUAUUCAACAGUCUUCUUUUGCGGCGGGAGUGUUGUACCUUCAGCAAUGGAGAAUAUGUGAAAGCCGGGUUAGCUGAGUUGGAGCUAUGGUGUGCUCAGGCUAAAGAAGAGUAUGCAGGGUCAGCUUGGGAUGAACUUAAGCACAUCAGACAAGCUGUUGGGUUCUUGGUUAUACACCAAAAAUACAGAAUAUCAUAUGACGAAAUCAUCCAUGAUCUAUGCCCCAUUCUAAGUGUCCAGCAGUUGUAUAGAAUAUGCACGCUUUACUGGGAUGACAACUAUAACACCCGAAGUGUAUCCCCAGAUGUGAUUUCAAGCAUGCGGGUAUUGAUGACAGAGGACUCCAACAGUGCUGCCAGCAGUUCAUUUUUACUCGAUGACAAUUCCAGCAUACCUUUCUCUGUUGAUGAUCUGUCAAGUUCACUCCAAGUAAAAGAGUUUGCAGAUGUGAAACCAGCACUAGAACUCAUCGAGAAUCCAGCCUUCCUAUUUUUACACGAGUAAAGGCUACUCACGGAAACAUGAACAUACACUACUACCCACUACCCACACAUAUCAUAUCAUAUCAUAUAUAAAUAUAUUAUUCUUAUGUUUGCAAAUAUAGCAUACGCUUUGAUUGUUGUAAAAAGGUCAAUUCUUUAUUAUUUUUUUCUUCUCGCUUCUGCCCCUUUCAACUGUAACAAUGUUGUUACUUUCCUUUAGCAUGCCAUAUUUUUGGGUUUUUCUGCUAUGGUCAGCAGUAUUCUUUAUACGAGAUAGGAGACGGGUAUUCGUUUUGUUAUGUUAUCUGGUCCGAUGUCUGGGUUUUUAUAUUCUACACUUUUUCACUUCUUGUAAUGAAAUAUAUUAUCAGCUACACAAAUUUAUAUGGAAAGUACUUUGUAAUUUGGAUUUUCAAA